AGAUUCCAGAGUCAACAGAAAAGAAGAGAGAAGAAGAGAAGAAGAAGAAGAGAAAGGAAGAGAAAGAAUAUAACCAGUUCAAGACUUGAAAAGGGUCAUCAAUCUAAGGGGAGGUGAUUGGAGCCAACAGAGAAAACUUCAUCAUUGCCAACUGUCAGGGUUUUGGAUUCAUAGAUUGAAAACGUCUUCCAUCGGGGACAUUCUUGAGUAGACUCUUUACUAGUCAGGGAAUUGUGAAUCAAUUCUAAGAAAGGACGGUAAAUAAAUCUAUUCUAUUGCUUUCUUCUUCUCUUCUUUCUCUUCUUCUUUUCUCUUCUUCUUGUCGACUUCUAACCCCUCCUCCUCCUCCUCCUCCUCCUCAAUAUCCAAACAUCCACCCUUCAUCAACCAUCCCAACUUCAUACCUGGUAUUGUGUUAUUGAAUUAAAAUCAAUCCUGGUGGAUUCAGAAUGACUCUCCACUCUCCUAAUCCUCCCCCGGAUUCUCCUACUAAUCAAGUUAAUCCGGUCGCUCGCGUCUUCCAUAAUUCCAACUCCACCGCCCACAUUUUUCUAGGCGGCGCACGCAAGUCGUGGAUGUUGAACAGGAAUCUUCCCCUCAAUAAUCCUGCUGCAAUUUCUGCUAAUCUCCCAAUUCAUCGUCCAGCUGCGAUGGUUCCUCUCUCUACACGUUCUGUCGAUUCAUCCUCCCCCGUCGUUGCUGCAGAACCACCGCAGCAGCAGCAGCAGAAUCACCAACAGUCAGGCACAUCAUCACAGCCUUCUCCAAGAAUCUACACUAGUCCGUCCACUGCCACUGCCACUGAGCGGAAUGGAGUUGUUCGUGCCAGCCCCUCUGCAGUAACAUUCCCAUCCUCUCCGGUCAGGCAGGACAGUCCGUCUCAGAAUAAUCCGGUGGUUCCCGCAUCGAUUGCCUCACCAAGCAAUACCCCCCAGGACCAGGUACCAGGAAGGGUGUGUCCACCACCCCUUUCCCACUCACAUCAUCCUGCUUCCGGGCCGGCUCCAACCCCCCCUCCGGCCCAUCCAUUGCCCCCAACAGCACCCGUCGCCCGUCCGCCAUGGACCCCGGAAUCCAUGGACGAGGAUUUCUUCAUGCGAGCGAGGGGCAACUUGAACCAGUACAUCGGAACCCACAGAAAUGGCACCCGUUUCGCGGACUCGUUGGAUUACCCGCGAAUUCAACUCCUGUCCAAAGCCUGUAUGGAACGGGAUCUCACAUACCUCUUCCUGCACCAGAUCUACUGUCUCAAUUCCUGUGCCCCGUCCCAGGUCCGCAAGUUACUGGUGAUGACCCCCAGGCACACGGAGGGCUUGGCGACCCUUCGCCAUCUUCUCGUGGAUAACUCCCUCCUGUCAAAAGACUUCUUGAGGUGGUCGAUUCACUUUCCAUCUUCCCUGCACCCGAUGAUGCUCCUUCUCCCCGCGUACCAGCGCGCCCUCGACCAAGUAGGGAAUUUGCUGUCCGACUUUGCCGACAAAUGGUCCUGGUUUGAACAGAAUGUGCUCGCCCGCGGGUACCCCCCCCUGGUGGAUGAUAUGAUCCGUGACUUGAAUGUCAGGUCCCCGGUCCUGCAGUUGACCAUUUUUCUUUCUCUCUCGAGACGAAUUCCCGGAGCCAACGUGGAGGGCGGCCUACAACCAAUUUUCGCCCAAAACCAGGCCAACGUUCAGCGUCGUUAUGGACAGCAAAUCUCUGACCACCAGAUGCAACUUGAAAACAAGGCAAUUGUCUCCAAGUAUCUCGCCAGCAUCGCCUCCCAGAAGAAGAAGGCUGGAAACUUGCCCCACCAAAAUCCGGGGUUGGCUUCUCCGAAUCUUCCCCCUCCACCGGCCCAGGUAUCCUCCUCGGAGGCACCCCCUUUGAGGGCUAUGCCGCCAACCUCGGUCAGUCGUCCGUUUGCGCCCUUGCUGUCCCGGCCCCCGCCGUCUUUACCACCGAAUACAAGUCCAGUCGCACCCCCGAUGGCAACUGCGGCCACCUCGUCGUACCCAGCCGGCCGCGAGAUGUCCGCGCUACAGCAAGUCCAACACCCUUCUCAGGCCCCCCAACCGGACGGAAUGAGCCAUGCCAGAGCGGCACCGGCAGCGCAAGGCAUGGUGGCCCAUGGGGGUCAGCAUUCUCACUCCUUACAUCCUUCAAACACCCACCACCACCACCACCCGCAGCAUCAGUCAACGCCGCUGCUACCACCCGCGGGGGCUGUUGUCGUAGCGAAUCCCAAUCCAAUCCCUAACGAGGUCGCCCUUCACCAGGCUCAUCUGCGGAAUCCAGUGCGCCGCAUCCUUGCACACACUCCGACGGGGGUGACGGAGACGAAGUCGCUUCUAUACCCGGAUUCCUUCAAAGUGCCUCCACAGCCGUUGGGCCCGAACCUCACGAUAUUCCGUUGGCAAUUUUCGCUGUCCAAAGAAGAGACCGGACGGUUUCCGGCUCUUGAAAGCCUAGGCACCGGGAGGCGUAUGCUGCAAACUGUGAUGGAAGGUAACCAGAUAUAUCGUUUUCGGUGUAUUAAGAUACCCCCCACAGCCAUCAAAGUGGAUGGACAUUCUUGGUGCGUGGCGGAGACUGUAUGGCCCACUGUGAUAUACGUGUUUAUUAAUGACGUGGAAUUGUUUCCUCGCCGGAAAAUCCACAACGGCCGGGAUCUCCCACUGGACCUGACCCAGCAUCUUCAGGAAGGUGUCAACCGUGUCACUGUCCACCUCAUUCGGAGCCCCACUGAGGAGAACGAGCUCACGUAUGCCGCCGCCGUCGAGGUUCUCACCUAUUCUUCCCUUUCUCAGGCCAAGAAUCUCGUUCAAUCGUUGCCGGCCGCGGAGUCACGAGAGCAAAUCCGCAGGCGACUGACUACUCGGCCCCCUGAUAAUGACGACGAUGAUUUGAAAAUCGUCAGUGAUUAUCUUGUGGUUUCGCUUGUGGAUCCAUUUACGGCCCGCCUCUUCACCGUACCGGUCCGGGGUCGUCACUGCGAGCAUCGGGAAUGUUUCGACCACGAGACCUUUCUGCAGACCCGCGCCCUCAAAUCGGGCGAUCGCUCCGUAGAAACCGACUGGCGAUGCCCCAUCUGCCGCCGGGAUGCCCGACCUCACAAUCUCAUUAUGGAUGGGUUCCUGGCGGCGGUGCGUUCUGAGGUGGAGCGCAUGAACCGAAGCGACGAUGCACGCGCUGUUCAGAUCAAAGCCGAUGGGUCUUGGGAGCUGAAGACCGACGACGCAGACCACCUCCCAUCCUCCGCGCAAGAAACCCCUCUUUUGUCGAAACGGAAGUCAGCAGCUUUGGACCGCCCCUUUUCUCCUCCUCCUCUUCCUCCCUCCUAUCGACUAAACAUUGAUUUGCCCGAGAAGUUAAACCCACUCAUUGUUCUGGACUAAGCAUCGAUGACCUAGGUUCCGGGUGUUCUUUUCUUUUCCAUCUUCAUCAUCAUUUUUUCGUAAUUUCUUUUUUCUUCUUUUUUCUUUUUUUUUUUUUUCCUCUGCGGGUUUGCAAGGCGCUUUUGGUUUUGUUCUAUGAGAUACCCCCAUCCAAUUGCAUUUUUUUUUUGUUACCUAUUCGUUUCAUUUCUUCAUUUCAUUUAGCAUUUACGCUCUUGCCGGACAGGCACAGCCGCUACGCGUUUCAAGGUGACUAUUCUCCAACUUAUCCAGUGUAUGUGUAUCGAACAACUUAAAACCCUGUUUCAACAGCUACAGAAAAUAUACACUGUGAAAUAUUCAAAC